CUGAGAACCCGGCAUCACCCGUGUUGGUGUCUGAUACUAUGCUGUUGUAAUAGACCUUAUUAUAUACAAGCUGGUGUCUCCGGAGACUUCUUCAUCAUCUUCACAAACAUCGCUACAAGAUAUACUUCACUACACUUCACUCUAAGUCGGUCGGUAGCUACAGGAAAAAAUGACCUCUACAAGUGCCACGGUGUUGUUCUCGCUGGACGCUGAAGCGGUGGGCUCACUCAAAGAGGGGGCCAAUUUCAAGAAAAACCCAGCGGAUGGUAAAUGUUACAUCAUCUACAAAGACAAGAGUAUCGAUGUUCUUAAAGCAUGCAAGAACCAAUGCAAACACCAAGGAGGGUUGUUCAUCAAAGACAUCGAGGACCUGGACGGCAGGACGGUUAAAUGCACUAAGCACAACUGGAAGCUAAAUGUGUCAACGAUGGAAUAUGUGAAUCCACCUGACAGUUUCACACAGGACGAGCUCGAAGUGGAGUUUUUGGAUGACGGGGGGCUUCAGUUGGUUGAGUUGAGCCCCGUAGACCCCUGGCUGGCGGACCCUCGAGAGCCCGUGGAGCUCCAGGAAGGAGAAGUGAAAGUGACGUACAUGACCCACGCCUGCGUGGAGCUGCAGCUAGGGACGACGCGCUUCAUGUUCGACCCCUGGUUAAAGGGUCCUGCUUUUGCCCGAGGAUGGUGGCUCCUCCAUGAGCCGCCAGCAGACGCCAUGGACAGACUGUGCUCGGCAGAUCUCAUCUACAUCAGCCACAUGCACUCUGACCACCUCAGUUACCCAACAUUGAAAGACUUGGCCAAGAGGAGGCCAGAUGUACCCAUUUAUGUUGGGGACACGUCAAGACCUGUCUUCUGGUAUUUGGAGCAAAGCCAAGUCCCACUGACCAACAUCAAUGUUGUUCCCUUUGGAGUCUGGCAAAAUGUAAACGAACACCUAAGAUUCAUGAUCCUGAUGGACAAUGUGCAUCCCGAAAUGGACACCUGCAUCAUUGUUGACUAUAAAGGUCACAUGAUCCUGAACUCUGUGGACUGCACCAGGCCAAAUGGAGGCAGGUUACCCAAAAAUGUGGACUUAAUGAUGAGUGACUUUGCUGGAGGAGCCUCUGGAUUCCCCAUGACCUUCUUUGGGGGGAAAUACACUGAUUCCUGGAAGGGAGGUUUUAUCAAGAAUGAAAGGAAGAAGCUGCUGAAUUACAAAUCUGGGCUGGUGAAGUCCCUGGAGCCCAAGAUCUACUGCCCGUUCGCUGGCUACUUUGUGGAGGCUCAUCCAUCAGACAGGUACAUUAGGGAAACAAAUACCAAGAACAGGGCAGAUGACCUCAACGCACUCAUCAACAAGGUUGCACCAGACAUCAAGACAUGGACGCCCAAACCAGGCAGUGUGCUGGACCUCGGCCUCGCUCUGAGAGACCCCACUAACAGUGAGGCCAUCACUGAUCCCCCAGCUGAUGCAAAAAUCUACAAGGACAGAUGGGAUUUCGACUUCUAUGUGAAUGAACUGAACAGCGCCAUUGGCUCUGAGAUAUUCAGACAUAAAAGCUGGAUCCAAUUCUAUUACUCCUGGGCAGGAUUUCAAGACUACAACCUUGUCAUGCGGGUGAUCGAGACAGAUGACAACUUUGAACCCGUUUCUGGUGGCUACGACUACUUGGUGGACUUUUUGGAUCAGUCCUUUCCCACCGCCAGGCCUGGCAGAGAGCACUCCUACAUUGAGCUGAAAAACAGGAUCAGUGUGAUGAGAUCUGUGGUGCUGAACGGCCGCCUCUGGGAUGAUCUGUACAUCGGCUUCCAGAACCACAUUAGCCGAGACCCGGAUAUCUACCAUCACAAGUUCUGGAACCACUUCCAGACAGAGCUACCAGUUUCCAGGCCAGAAUGGGACCAGUUCCUGGAGCAGGCAAGGACGGGGGGGGUCCUGUGGAUUGAUGUGAAUGGGAGAUUGUUUUAAGAAGAACAAGAACAAGAAGAAGAAGAUGAAUUACCAUGUCAAAAGGGAGUUAGAAAAACGUCUGACUCAUGGUUAAAUAGAAAAAAAAACACUCAUGUAUGCAAUCAUUCGUAAUUAGUGCAAUGUUGUCUUUAUGUAAUUGUAUAUAAUCAGGGCGUUGGAGGAGCAUUGGUCUCAAUGAAGUAUAAGGUUUGAUAAUGUUAUUAUAUAUAUAUAUAUAUUAUAUAAAAACACUUGUGGAGUUC